GUAUAAAUAAAACUGGCGGCGAACCGAAGCAGACAUUGACUUCGCAAAAGCAGAAGUCUUUAAUUUUUUUUUAUGCGUGCAAGUGGUGACAAAUAUGCGGAGUUUAAUGCUAGUGAGCUUCACACUUGCACUAUGUUUAAUUUCAUCUGAAUCGACAGCACAAAAGCUCACUAAGCGGGAAGAAAUUGGUGGAGAAGAUAAUAAUGAAUCUGAUCUGCCUGAGCAGGAUAUACCUGAGCCAGAUGAACAAGAACCAACCGAAGAGGAUUCAGAAAAUGAGCCACUAAAUAAAUUAAAAAGAAACUCGUUGAUCAAAAAGAGUCUGCUGCAAACGAUAAACACAAAAGCACCACUCCCAGGUGGCGGUUAUCCACGUGGAGGUCCACCGGGUGGUGUACCUGCGGAUCUCUAUGGCGCUCCCCCGUCUCCUCCUUCCUCAAGUUACGGAGCUCCACUAGGUGGUGGAGGAGGUUUCGGAGGUGGUGGAGGCGGUGGUUUUGGAGGCGGAGGAAAUGGUUUCGGAGGAGGCGGAGGAAAUGGUCGAGGAUUUGGCGGAGGUAUAUCUUCUAGUUAUGGUGCACCACCUUCAAGUUCUUACGGCGCACCACCAGCACCGCCCUCGAGCUCGUACGGUGCACCGCCAUCAAGUUCUUAUGGCGCACCUCCAGCACCGCCCUCAAGCUCAUACGGUGCACCGCCAUCAAGUUCUUACGGCGCACCUCAAGCACCACCGUCAGGUUCUUAUGGAGCACCUCAAGCACCACCAUCAGGCUCCUACGGUGCACCACCAUCACGUUCUUAUGGGGCACCUCAAGCACCACCAUCAAAUUCGUACGGCGCACCACCAUCAAGUUCUUACGGAGCACCUCAAGCACCUCCAUCAAGCUCGUACGGCGCACCACCAUCCAGUUCUUAUGGGGCACCUCAAGCACCUCCCUCGAGUUCAUAUGGCGCACCUAGACGAAGGCCUUCAUCUUCUUACGGCGCACCUCCUUCAAGCUCUUACGGUGCACCACCUUCAAGUUCAUACGGUGCACCUCCUUCAAGUUCAUACGGCGCACCACCGUCAAGCUCGUACGGCGCACCACCGUCAAACUCUUAUAGUGCACCUCCCUCAAGUUCUUAUGGUGCACCACCUUCAAGCUCUUACGGUGCACCUCCGUCAAGUUCUUACGGAGCACCACCUUCUUCCUCUUAUGGCGCACCCAGGUUUGGAGGCGGUGGUAGGGGCAGAAGUCGUGGAGGAGGAAGCAGUUUUGGAGGAGGAUAUGGUAACGGCAAUGGAGGAGGUAAUGGCAACGGAGGGGGAAACGGUAACGGAGGAGGCUAUGGCGCCCCACCUGCAGCACCACCGCCAUCUUCUUACGGUGCGCCACCGGCAGCUCCUCCUCCUUCGUCUUAUGGAGCACCACCAGCAGCUCCUCCUCCUUCCUCCUACGGUGCACCACCAGCAGCUCCUUCAUCCUCUUACGGUGCACCACCAGCAGCUCCCCCAUCCUCUUAUGGUGCUCCACUAGCAGCUCCACCUUCUUCCUCUUAUGGUGCACCACCAGCAGCUCCUCCACCUUCUUCUUAUGGUGCGCCACCUGCAGCUCCUCCACCUCCCCCACCUUCCUCAUAUGGUGCACCACCAUCUUCCAGUUAUGGAGCCCCCAAUGGAAAUGGAAACGGAAACGGUAGAGGCAAAAAUGGAAAUGGUAAAAACGGACGUAAUGGUAAUGGCAACGGCCAUGGAAACGGUCAUGGUAAUGGGAAUGGCAACGGCGGAGGAGCAGGUGGUUACUUACCUCCAUCAACUAGUUAUGGUACUCCAGUUGGUCCAGCAAGACCACCACCCAGUUCGUACGGACCUCCAGCAUCAGGGCCGCCAAGUUCUUCUUAUGGAGCUCCACCAGCUGCCCCACCAAGCAAUUCGUAUGGACCUCCACCUUCAGGGCCACCAAGCUCAUCGUAUGGUGCCCCACCAGCCGCACCACCAAGUUCAUCGUACGGAGCUCCACCAUCUGGACCUCCGAGUUCAUCAUACGGCGCCCCACCAGCAGCUCCACCAAGUUCUUCAUACGGUGCUCCACCAAGUUCUUCAUACGGUGCUCCACCAGCAGCUCCACCAAGUUCGUCAUACGGUGCUCCACCAAGUUCGUCAUAUGGUGCUCCACCAGCAGCACCGCCUAGCUCUUCUUACGGAGCUCCUUCAAACGGUAAUGGCGGAGGUUUCGGAGGAGGAGGUGGUGGUGGAUUCGGAGGCGGCGGUGGAUUUGGAGGCGGAGGCGGUGGUGGAUUUGGAGGCGGAAAUGGCGGCGGAAACGGUGGCGGAGGCGGUCAAGGUUAUGCCAGUAAUGGUGGAUAUGUAUAUUAGGACACAGUGCAGUGAAACUUUGUAUAUAUUUAGAUUUAUUUAUUUAUUAGUUAUGAGCAGUAUUAGAA